CCUGGGCUGAAUUGGCGUCUUCUUGCUCUCGGCGUUUGAGCGACGCAAAAUUGGCAAUCAUCUCGGAUGUCGUGUUGGGUGUCGCCGACGGUCAGGGCGGUGGUCCGAGAGCAAUUGAUGCGCAAGCGUUAGCUCGGGUGUACGAGCCUGACGCCGAGGGACGAUGCAAGAGGUCGCUGGUGGCCCAGCAAGUGGCGGAGGGGAAAGCCGUCCUCCAUGCGCAGCGACGAAGAGCGUGAGCAUGUCUCCGAGGAUGGAAGGUCCCGAUAAGGGGCAGAGGGGCUUGCGGUGGACCAAGCACGAAUCCCUAAUCCUGGUGGCUGCCAAGAGCAAGGAGCUGGACAGGUCUCUGGACAGCAGCGCCAAGGGCGUGGACGCGUCGGACGUGAAGUGGGUGACCAUAUUCCAAUACUGCAAGGAUCUCGGGGUGGAGCGAGACGCGAGCCAAUGCCGGAAGCGGUGGCACAGCCUGUACAAAGACUACAAGAAGAUCAAGGACUACGAGAAGCUGCGCGGGGGUUCGUACUGGAGGAUGAGCGCGGAGCAGCGGAGGGAACAGAAGCUGGCAUCCAGUUUCGAGCACGAGGUGUUCGACGUGUUGGAGGACUACUGCAAGAAGUUGCCCGCCGUCUCAACGAAGGCGACUCCGGAAGCGGCGGCGGUGGGCAAGGAGGAAGCGGGUGCGGGCACGGGGGCGGGGGCGGAUGAGGUGGAAAGUCCCGGGAACGGAGUUUCGUCGGAGGAGUGCGGCGUGGGAUGCUCGACCGACGUGACCGGCUGCCCCAAGAUGGAGGGGAGCCCGACGAAAAGGAAGAAGAGGAAGCGGCGGCCGGAGUCGAUGGAGGAGAGGUUGCUGGCCGCCGUGGAAAGCACGAGCCGCAACCUGCAGCUGCAGCUCCGUCACGAUCGCGAGCUGCGGACAGAAGAAGGGAAGGACCUGAUGAAGGUGCUGGACAGGUUGCUGACGAGCGUGGGGCGAAUAGCGGAAGCGUUGGAGGUGCGCAGGAGUUGAGGGAGCGCAGAGCCCAGACGUGCAGGAGAAGACAGGGAGCGGACUCGACAGCGGGGGGCACCGGCUCAUGCACCGGUUGAUCGGUGACGGAGGUCGGGUGGGCACGAGUUCAGGUGGCUCACCGUGACCACACGGAACGAGGGACGCGCCGGAUUCACAACGAGGGAUGGAGGUAGCGGACCGGUGGGGCGAACCCGCAGUGGAUGCAGCAGGUGCAGCUGGAACACGAGAACAUGGCAGCGGGCGCUCGAAGUUGGUAAAGCAGGAUGUAAAGCGAUGCAGGAAGGGCGUCAUGGAUGAGGUGGUGGGGAGAGGUCCCCGCUCCAGCCGUGGGUAGAGAUGGUGAGAAGCCGGUCCGUGGUGGAGCGUACGCGGAUGCGAAAGUGUAGAUUGGGAGGGAAGGCGUGGGAAGUGUGGAGGAGUGGGCGUGGUUGUUGCGGGGCGAUGGACAGGGGAGGGAGGCACUCUCGGUGCGAAGUGGAUGGGCAGGGGAUUGAGAAACGGUGCAUGUGGGACCGGGAAUGCUCGGAGUGUGCAACGGAGGCAGCAGAAGAGGCGUUACGAAGAUGGAGUGGUGGCGGGUGGAUGCAGGGUGAAGCAAAUGUGGUUUAUAGAGGAGGAAGUGGAGGCUUUGGAGGUGUGGAGGUGUUUGUGAUAUUAUGGGUCACAGGAGGGUAGUUGAGGAGGCUGAAGGGGGGGGGGGGUAGUGACGCCUCGAUGUGGGGAGUUGUGGGAGAAGUGGCUUUAGGGACCACUUGGAUCCAGUUGGCGCUUGUCAGACCAGACGUAGACGCGAUAGCCGGAAUGUGGUGUGCGGGAGUGGCUGUUCGGUAUUGGAUUACGAUGCGGAAUCCAGUUUUUUCAGUUGCAGAGUCGGGAUGAGAACAUAAUGCGGGGCUUGCCGAAACCUUGACUGUGCUCGGAGCGAAGUAUAUGGCGGAUACAGAGGUCCAGUUCCAAGGGGUUUGGUGCACAAUUUUGUGCAUUUUUUUUGGUACUGUACUUUUCUUAAGUUGGAAAUGAGUUGGAAACAUAGUUAGUGCUAUGUACUUCACGUUAAUGAGGAGAUAAUGUAAUUAGAUAAUGUAAGCAUAUCCUAAAUAUUUUGCUAAAAUUGCAGUUCUGCAAUUUGGCAGUUGUAGCAGGACGAUUUAGAGUAUCAAGUUUUGUGUAUUCUUUGAUCACCAUUAUUGAAAAUUAUGACUGGGGAGUUCUCAUACAAUAA